ACGUCCGUCUGCAAGAAGAAAGGACCCCAAGUAAGGGCAAAAAGGUGCAGGGCUUCAAAAUCUACCACGGCGCAUGCUCGGUCCUAUCUGGCCGUGAAACUUGAUGGGGAGCCGUUUGUGAGCCGAGCCAGGGAUAGGUACGGCGCAAAAACAACCUUGGACGCUUGGAAAUACGUUGGAAGCGUGUGGCUUUGUCGCGCUGCUGGUGGAGCACACAGAUCUGUAGAAGACAGCAGCCACUUGCAGAAUCUUGAGGCCACUAGAUAUAGCAGACAUGGGGAAAUCUCUUUCCAUGCCUUUGCCUGCUUCGAAAGAAGAUGGUAUUUCAUCCUCUGAUAACAUGAAAAAUGGAUUAAUCCAGUCAGAAGCUCAUAAUGAAGAAGGAAAAAACGGAGAUGUGUCACAGUUUCCAUAUGUUGAAUUUACAGGAAGAGAUAGUGUCACAUGUCCCACUUGUCAGGGCACUGGGAGAAUCCCACGUGGACAGGAAAAUCAGCUUGUGGCCCUGAUUCCAUACAGUGAUCAGAGACUGAGGCCAAGAAGAACAAAGCUUUAUGUGACUGCUUCUGUAAUCGUAUGCUUACUGCUUUCUGGGCUGGCAGUAUUUUUCUUAUUUCCUCGAUCUAUUGAUGUACAAUACAUUGGAGUCAAAUCGGUAUAUGUCAGUUAUGAAGCACAGAGGCGCAUAAUAUAUUUAAAUAUUACGAAUACAUUGAACAUAACAAAUAACAAUUAUUAUUCUGUUGAAGUUGAAAACAUUACAGCCCAGGUACAGUUUGCCAAGACUGUGAUUGGAAAGGCACGGCUGAACAAUAAUACCCACAUUGGACCGUUGGAUAUGAAACAGAUUGAUUAUAUGGUACCUACAGUAAUACAAGAUGAAAUGAGUUACAUGUAUGAUUUCUGUACUUUAAUUUCUAUCAAAGUGCAUAACAUAGUAGUCAUGAUGCAAGUGACUGUAACCACUUCCUACUUUGGCCACUCGGAACAAAUAUCUCAGGAAAGAUACCAGUAUGUAGACUGUGGUGGAAACACAACUUACCAGCUGGGACAAACUGAGUAUCUAAACGUGCUUCAGCCUCUUCAGUAAAAGAAGCAGAAAUUGAAUCUGUAUAAGGAAAAAGACAUGACUCUUGGUUUUUCACUGCUCAUCCAAGUUGAACUUUUGAUUAUAUAUGAUACUGCUUAGAGGUGGAUGUACAUAAAGUAGCGGGUCUGAAGGUUUCCUUAUUUUAUGACAUAAAAAAAGGACAAACUGCAUAUAUCCACACUUAAUAACUUCUACCUUUCCACUCUAAAUGUGUAAGUAUUGUGUCAGUCAGUUAAACUGGGGGUGGCAGAAAGAAAGAGAAAACCAUCUUAAACACAUUAACUUUGUAUUUGCCUAUAUGAGAACAUGGAUAUGUUACUCUCCCAACACAUGUUUUUUGUUCUAAGUAGGCUAAUGAUACAGUAAUUUCAGAACUCGAUUGUUUUAGUUGGAGUCUAAAUAUUUGUUGUACAUAAAUAAUUUGGGCCUCAUUGUAACAUUAGAUGACACGUGCUUGUUUUAAUAACCUUAGGACAGAUCAGUGUUUACUGUGUUGGAAUUUUGUUUGUUGAAAAUUCUUUUACAGGUGGAGUGUUUAUUACAGGCCACUUUUCACAAGGUCCAACAAUUUGCUUGAAAACUUGGAGGAGAUUGAAGAUGAAUAGCACUUGAUUUAGACACAUUUGAUGUGUGCUGCUGAGUUGAAGAGAAAAAAAAUGUAAUGCAUUAAAAUAAUCUCUAAUUAUUAAAAACAACUGAAUCAGUUCAUACGUUUCAAAGGCUGACUCUAUGAAAAGCAUUUUAAUGCAUUUUGUUACCUUUCAUAUCAAUAUAAAUGCUUAACAUACACUGGAUGGUCCCUUUUUUGGCUUACAUCAUGUGCGCUUCUCAUUUAAACAUAUAAAUAGUCCUUGAAAAUACAAAGUUAAAGUAGCCAAGCUUGUACCCCGGCUGACAUGUUUUGUGUGAGAAUAAUAACUGAUAAGAGCUAUGGUGCUGAAAAGAAUCUUGUAUGGGUUUAAAUCUGAUUGAUAAGAUUUUUCUAUUAUGUAUUUUUGCUAACUGGCAUAUCGCCUGUGUUUGAUGUGAUAUUCUGUGACAUAAUAAUUUUGAAGCCCAUUUAGCAAAUGUUAAUUGGAAAUGUCUCAUUAUAAUCAUUUUUAAUAUUUUUGCUUCUUGCAACAACUCAUCCAUGAAUAGGUUUACUGAAAUCAUAAGACUAGCUUUGCACUAGUAUGAGAUAAAUAUAAGCUAAGGGUUUGAAUUUUAAAAUGACCUCACUAAUCAGUGCUCUUAUUGUUACAGAUUAUUGACUCUUUUGUAAUGGACAACAGCAAAAGUUAUUAAACUGUUUUGAAGGAAAAAGCAUAUUAACAAUGAACAGGUAUUUUUCCACUCAUUUGAUUCUUGAAUUCUCACCCACCAUCUCUACCAUUCUGAGACUAACACAGAAAGCAGAAUUUUUAAAUUACACAAAUAAGUAUAAAAUGUCAGAAGUUGAUACAUGUAACUUCAAGAUCAUCUACAUAUCACUACAUUAAAGGUUUCAUUGGACUUUCUAAUAUAUUUUGAAAGCCACAACAGUUAGAAACAUUUAGGAGAAAAGAUGAGGGUGGGCAGAUAGUAGCAAGUGAUUUUUUUUUUUUAAACAAGUCCUUUGCAUCAUUUUAAUAGACCAGAGUCAUUCAAAGAAACAUAAGAUUUGUCUGAUUAAAAAUGAUUGGUGCAGAAACUAUGUUGUCAAUGUGUUUUUACAAAUCUUCAACUCAGUCAAAAUUUUUGAUGGCAUUACUUGGAAAUAGUCUCACAGUUUAACACAUCAUAUUUUUGGUAGAAUGGAAAAUGAGCUAAAAUAAACCAAGAUAACCCACUUGUUUCCUGACAGUGACUGAGGAAAUACAUUAUAUCCAAAUCCAGUUUGAGUGAACUUCUCUUAUAACUGUUACAGAAUGUGUACUAGAAGAUUUCAAGUAACAGAGACACAGCACUUUAAAUAAAAUCUGAUUUUUUAAAACAGCAGUCCAAGAACUGCCUUGUGAUAACAUUUAAAUGUGUGCCGGAAGUGCAAAAUUAAUGCUACUGGUACAAAUUAGGUGCCCAAUUAAUACCUUACAGCCAGCAAAUACAACUGUGGAGUAAUUGAAAUCCACUUGAAAUGUUUGCACCAUUUAAUGAUACCUACUAGUUAGAUACUUAUUUCAUAAAAUGAAAUUUUCAGAAUAGCUCUUGGAUUUCUUGUUACUUAUAAAAUACCUUUGUUCUAUAUUUUGAAACUUACAUGAAUUACAUGUGUAUGGUAUACACAUUGCUGUAUUCUGUAAUUGUGGUAAAUUAUUCAGGCAUAUAUGCUUUGAUUAAAUUCAUAUGAAUUGCCAAUUAAAUAACAUUGUAAAGGCUACGCAAUUUGGAAUGAUGUGGUUCAGGUGUAACUAUACAAUACAGUUCAGGAGAAAAAAUAUGAUGAGAUCCUAUUUAUUUGAAAAUAUCAGUGUUAAAAAUUAAAGUCAGUUUCCUAAGUUGGGGUGUAUUGUAUAACUUCACCUCACUCAGAAUCAAAAACAAUUUUAACUUUUUACAUACAAGGAUAUGGCAAAGCUGAGGCUUUCUAUAACUCCUUCCCCACAACAGUAAACCAGUCUUUCCCAACCCAGGUGCUCUCCAGAUCUGUAGACUUCAAUUCCCAGAAUUCUCAGCAACAGCCAUGCUGUUGAGAAACCCUAGGAGAUAAAGUUCAUGCAUCUGGAGGCACUGAGGUUGAACGAGGUUGUACUGAGCCAUGAUUUAUCUUCAUAUCUGAGCUAGAAAACUGUCAGGCUCUCUUACCUUUUCCUUGAUGGAAGUGCAAUUGGUGACUGUGUUAAAUAAUAUACUUGGAGAAAACAGCUAAAGUAGUUAUGAUUAUAAAAUUCGCAUAUUAAAAAUCCUUUUCUGAAGAAAAUAACGUUAUUUAUUGUCAUCUUAUGUGUAUCUUGAAUGCCUUGGUUCUAAAGUUGUUAUCUUUAGAUAUAAAAUGUUACCAUAAUCCUCCCUGCCUCCUAUGGAGUAGAAAUGCAUUUAUGAAGUUAGAAUUCUAGAUAUGCAUUACAAUUUGUGACAAUUAUUGUUCUAUCAUCUGCUUAGCUGAUGAGGAUUGGGACAGCCCUACAAUUUUUAUUAGAACAUAAAGAUUUUGACAUAAAAACAAAUUAACUUAUUUGACUUCAUUUUUUUAAAAAAAAUCCAUUAAUUAACCACUAGUGCUCAUUGAAUAAAAAUGUAUAUAAUUCAUGUAUGGAAAUGCUAAAAGGUGGUAACUAUUUUUGUAAUAUGAGAAUUGUACUUGUUUCUGUAACAGUGUGUGGCAGAUUCUGUGUGCAGUGUUUGGAAGCAUGAAAAAUAAAAUGUCUUUAUGCUGUGUCAGUUUUUGACAUGACUUUAGAGACUCCAAAAUGGCUAAAAUGGUAUUGCUGAAACUCAUUAAUAAUCUGUACCUUUUUUCUAGCAAACUUUUCCAGAAUGAAAUUAAUGUUGAAAAUUAGUUUGUACUUUUAAAGGGUUGUUGAUUCAUAUCUUUCCCUACUUGUUUCUGUUUGAAAUAUGGGCAGUGUAGUUUACUCAGGUUUUAAUGUUGUAAGAUGAAUAAGCUACAAUAUGUUUUU